AAUUAAGAACGAGAUUGGUUAUUCUCCUAGUCGUAAUGGCAAUUAGUUUACUGCUUAUGGUUCAAACGUUUGGACAAAAUUGGAAAUUUCACACAGAGGAAGAAUUUGUUAAGUCUGAAGAUGAUAUCAAAGUUCAUCCAUUGCAAAAAAGAAUCUUAAAAAGGGAAUCGCAUUUACAUAGCAAAAACUUAAAUCCUGAUAUUACUGGAAAGUUUAGAAAUCCACACAACGCGCAAGGGAAUGCAUCAAUCAUAUGUAUCCCGGUCUUUAAAUUAGACAAAAAUGAUGUGAAAAAAGCAAGAGAACAAAUAGAUUCUGAUCGCAGUGAGGAAGGCCAUGGUUUCCUCUUUCAAAUCCAUUUGAAUUAUCCUUCUUUCGAUGAAUUAACAAAGAAUUUGAAAGAGCCAUAUAAAUUUAGAAAUGACUUCCUUCACUGGCAAUUCGUUCAGAAGAAAGAAACAUUUCUUGCACAAUUACCAGUGGAUUUUGACCUCAUUACAUUUAACCUGCUCAUGGUAGACAAGGAGGAGAGAGUUUUACCAGAUAUACAUGUAUCUUUAAAUAUGAACGAUUCCAAUUGUGAAAUUACCGAUGAUAAUAAGCAUCUCAUUAUUGAUGCUAUGCAUACAUUACUCUGGAAAGAAAUGUUAGCCAAUUUUACUACCUAUAUCUUAUGCAAUAGACAAUUCGAAACCAGUAAAUUCAGAAAUAUCACAUAUUAUUUAACAACGAUAUGGAUCGGAUAUGACUUGAAUUGCACUAGGGAUCCUUCCAAAGGUGGAAAGCCCAUAUAUCUGAAAAAGGAUGACUUUCCUCUUGUCGCUCCAUUUAUAUCCUUUUUCUUGUCGCUUCAAUUUGUUUGGAUAUUUGUAAUUUUGGAAAUUGGCAAAAGGGAAUCUGACCACCAGGAUGUGCAGAAAGAAGAGGAGACCAACGAGUCAAGCCGAGAGAGAGAAAAUGAAGACAUGAAGGGGGUAGAAUUAUCCUUUAACUAUAAGGAAGGGGACCGACCUUAUGGUUUACUAAGAUUUGCCUUGAAAGUUUUGUUUUCCAAAUAUUCUGAAGUUGAUGGAAAUUGUAAUUGUUGCAAUAAGUUGUGUAACUGGAUUAGCCAAUAUGUCUACAACUCACCUUCAUUCCGACUCAUGUUCAUCAUAUGGUUUUUUAUUCUAUUUCCAUUCGGAUUGUAUCGCACAGUGUAUAGAAAACACAUAACAAGUACUCUAUAUGAAGAUUACAGACAUGUUGUAGGCACGAGUGAGCCAAUAUUUGAUUUCCUGCCAUGUGAAAAUUCAGCCUAUAUUCUGGAUGUUGUGUAUGCGACGUUAGGUUCAUUUAUUGGAAUGUCUAUUUGCAGUGCUCUGUAUAAUAUUUAUAUGUCUUCACGUGCUUCACACAAAGUCAGUGAUAGAUUUACGAGCCAUAUAGAAAUAAUGAAACAAAAUUGUAUAAAAUUAGGGCACAGCUUUUGUGUCUGUUUAUGCUGUCGUUGUGAUUGUAGUAAAUGUUGCUGUAGUCAGUGUUGUAAAUGUUGCUGUAGUCAGUGUUGUGAAAAUAAUCAAACUUCCCGAGGUCAGAGUAGUGAAAGUAAUACAGUUUCCGCUGGUCCGAGUAGUGAAAGUAAAAAAGAUUCCGCUGGUCCGAGUAGUGAAAGUAAAAGAGAUUCCACUGGUCCGAGUAAUAAUAUUGUUAAAGAUUUCAUUUGUAAUUGUAUUAAUUACUGUAUAAAGUGUUUUGAGCGUCAUGAUAAAACCCGUGUGUGUUGUUCGUGUAGAAUAAGACAUAAAUCAAAUAAUAAACGUGACGGAAAACAAGCGGCAAGGUUGUCAAUUCAGCAGAGAAGUGAUAGUGAUAACAAUUCCCCUAGUCAGAGUAGCGAUGGUGAUCCAAAAUUGUCAUGUACCAAACAGUUUUUGUGUUCCCUUAUUUGCAUACCUUGGCAUUGUAUUGUGUGUAUUUUCCCUAUAAUUGACCUCAUUGGAUUAUCCAUUCAUGAAAAAGCAAUAUGUUGUUACAAUUGUAGAUGUUUUGUCAAAUGUAAAAACAGUGAAUCGCGGGAAUCGCAUAGUUACUCCAAAAUUGAUACUUCGCUUGAUUUUUCUAGUGAUGAUUGUACAUCAUGUAAAUCGUGUUGUAGCCAAUGUAGGGCCGAAGUCUGCAAAUACAUAAACAUCGUCAUAUUCGAAAUAAUAGGAAUUCCUGUUUGUUUUAUCUUUCUACGUCCUAUGAUCACGACCUUUACCUUUGUCUUCAGAUCACUAACAUACAUAUUGUUUAUCGCAUUACCGAUUCGGAUACAUUUAUAUAGAUAUCUUGUACUUAUAAUGACAGCUCUUUUCUAUAUCUGUAGAUACUAUUCUGAACUUGUCACCAUGUAUUCAGAAAUUCUGUCGUACAUAUUUACAGUUCAGAAAGAUGAUAAUAAAAGUAAACACGAAUGUAAAACUAUCGAUGAAGAACUGUUUACAUUCAUCUUUGGAAAGUUACUCUUUGUAAAGAAACAAUUCUUUUAUUUUUUGUUUAAAAGUGUUGUUGUAUCUAUUUAUAUAUUUAUUAUUAUUGAGACACUGCUAAUGAGUGGCAGGUCAACAUCGGCAACAAAUUUGAAAGAACCAUUUGAAAUCAUACUUUUCUUAGUGGGCCCAUAUGUCAUUUCGUUUUUUGUAAAAACAGGUGGAAAUUACCUUGCAGAGGAAAAUAAAUGCGCAAUCAGAAAGGCAUACAAAGAAUUCAAUGAAUCACAAACUGGUAUAGAACUAAUUACAAUUCAUAAUGCAUCUGGAUUGUGAACAAUAUCAAAAUCGUUAAUAAUUCAUUACUCUCUCUCUCUCUCUCUCUCUCUCUCUCUCUCUCUCUCUCUCUCUUGUCAAGCCAUUGCCCCCAUCUUUCAGUCUAUUUCUAUUGCAACAUAAAACAAAUUGGAUACACAAUCAUUGAUAUUGGCCUUGAGUGUGUUUUGCUCCUCAUUUUAUAAUUCCUUCCUCCGUGCUUUUUGUAAAUUUCAUUUUUUAAGAUGGGAUUUUUUAAAAAGUAAAAUCUAAUAUUUCUUCUUAUUGUCUAGUGUUGUUGGUGU